AUGUUCCGCAGCAAGAAGAAGAAGGUUGGCACGCGCAAGCGGCGCGAGGCGGAGGCCGAGGGCGACGAGGCCGAGAGCGACCUGCAGAUGUUAGCAGAGCUGCGGCGCAGUCGCUCGCGCGUCUCCGCCACUGCGAAGGGCUCCAUGAGCUUCAGCUCCAAGAGGACCAGCACGGGGCUGCUGAGCUUCGACGACGGAGAGGGCAAGAGCGCGUCCAAGCGGAGGAAGAUGCGGCCUAACCUCGUGGCUUCCAGUGCUGCAGAGGUCGAGAUUCGGGUGGAGAGCACGGGCCAGUACUCGGCCGAGAUGCUGGCGUCACUCAGGAGCGAACAGAGUGUGCUGCUGCCAAGCAAACAGUUAGAGAGCAAUGAACAGGAGGACGUGGAGAUGAGCAAGAACCGCGUCACGUUCGGCGUGCAGUCGGGGGCUUCGAGCCUCCCCAAGACGGCAGAAGUCAUUGAAGAAGUGUCAGCUGAGGAGGAUGAAGACGAGGAGCAGAACAGGAGGUGGGAGGAGGAACUCAUGCGUCGUGGGGGACAUCGAGCACCUUUGAAACCCGAGGGGAAGGCAAGUCGCUCGCGUGACGGCCUGCCCACGUACCCGACGAGGAGGAAAGUGGCGUGUGUGUCGCUCGGGAGUGUGCUGGGGAAGCUUGAGAAGAGCUUGGAGUCAACAUCGUUUGAGGACGAACGCGCGUCGCGCGAACUGGCUCGACUGGAAGCGGAGACUGCGUUGAUUGAGGCGACGCUGAAGCAGCAGCAGGAAGAGCUGCUCGUGAGCAGUGAAGAGUUCGAGUACUUCCAGGAGGUGGAGGACUUUGUCAAGGGUCUGAGCUUUUGUCUGCGCGAAAAGGUGAAGGUGAUUACUGCUAAGGAGAAGAACGUGGUGGAGGAGCGCGUGCAGCGAGUGGGAAGCAAGCGUCACGAAGAGAUGCACGGCGUCGCGUUGGACGUACAAUUCUAUCUUGAAGCUGGAAGACUGCAGCGAGCUCAAGUCGUUAGUAUUGAUCAGCUGGACCUGCACGCUAAUGACCACACGAUGGAUUAUUCUCAGCGUAGCGUUCGGCUGCAAAAGUACCAGCAGCACUUUGCGGAAUCCUACGUACCUUCGCCUUGUGGACCCGGUGUCGAUGAAGAUUUAUUUGCCGAUGCGAUUGAUGAGAUCAAUUCACUUGAGCCCGUGUACGGCCGCUUCCAGGAAUGGAAGGCAAAGUUUCCGGAGGUGCACAAGAGCACGUACUGCGAGCUUGCCCAAGAGAAGCUGUUUGCUCCUUACGUGCAAGCAGAGUUGAUGUAUUGGGACCCACUGGGUGUAGCAGACGCGAAGACGGAGCUGGGGAAAAGCUGGUCUCUGGACGACUUUGCUUGGUUCCGAUUGUUGCACCAGCACAUCCGUGACACAAGUCGUGACAAUGAACGCGUCAAUGGUCCACUUCUGUACCAGAUUCGGGACGUGCUUCUUGAGAAGGUUCGUGUUGCGGUCACCAGCUAUUUCGACCCCUAUUCAAGUCUGCAAGCGCGCAGCUUGGCGCUCGUGCUGGAAGAAAUCAGCCGGCAUGACUAUACUCCUCAUGUUGAAGGUGUAGUGAAGACAUUGGUUACCACUGCACUGAACAGCUUUUCAAGCGAAGCCAAGCGAUCAGUGCUGAUUGCAAUCGACCAGAAUACGGCCGCCACAUUCGAGGAUGUCAGCGUGCUUGCGCGCUAUCAGUCGGAGCGGUUUAACGCGCUUCAGGACAACCUCCUGACUCUUUUCAUUGCUCUACCGAGGGGAAAGAUUGCUGCCGCUGCAUUCCGGUGUUUGUUGCAAGUACUCCACCACCUCCUCGCGUACGUCCGCCACUGUCAAGAUACCCAAAUGAUGCACCUCGUUCCUACUGCUACCCAAGUCGUCCGACAGCUAUCUGGAUCCUCGUAUUUGCUCCAGAUUUUAUCGGACCCCGAUCAGGAAAACGAGCUCAAGCACAUGAUGGAGUUGUUCGCACCAUACUUGCAAACUGCUGGUCAAUAG